UCAACAAUUGUAAAUUACAAGCAGAAUUCGUGUUUCACUGUUAUGCUGUGGUUUCAUUAAAAGUUAUCUUAGAAACAAAAUUUACACUUUACUCACGAUGUCCGAUAUUCAGACUCUAGUGGAUAUGGGAUUUCCCAAGGAGCGUGCAGAAAAAGCAUUACAAGUCACGGAAAACAAAGGCGUUGAAGUGGCAAUGGAAUGGCUAUUAGCUCAUGCAGAUGACGAUAUUCCAUCAAGUAGUGAAUCGUCUGUUGGGGCAUCGCUACCGGCCGAAGGUUCUCCAGCUACGGUGACUGGAGAUGAAGCUUCUACUAUCGCAAAGUCUUUGAAAUGUGAUGAGUGUGGGAAGCUUUUCAAAUCCCAAGACGAGGUUGAAUUCCAUGCUGCCAAAACUCAGCAUAGUAGUUUUUCGGAAUCAACCGAGGAAAAGAAACCACUGACCGAGGAAGAAAAGAAAGCACAGCUUGCAUUACUGGAGGAGAAGAUGAAACGCAAAAGACUGGAGCGAGAGGAAAACGAAAAAAAGGAAGCAUUGGAACGAGAACGUUUACGAAUUAAGUCUGGAAAAGACAUGCUGGAAGCACGACGGAAAAUGGAAGAACAGGAGAUGAAAAAGGUAAUGGAUCAACGAAGACGCGAAAAAAUGGAGGAGAAAGCAGCAAGGGAACGGGUGAAGGCCCAAAUUGAAGCAGAUAAGGCAGCUCGAAAAGCGAAACAAACUGGUGAAUCCGCCAAUUCGCCAUCGUCGGCACCGGCCACAUCAACAACAACGCCGACUCAAUCGACGCCAGCUGCUCCCCGAAACUACAGUAAUACACGCAUUCAAAUUCGUAUGCUGGACGGUAGCACUUUGAUCGAAACAUUCGAUGCCAAGGAACAGCUGGCUGCUGUGAGACUGUUUGUGCAACUCAAGCUUGGAGCCAAUCCGGCACCGUUCGGCUUCAUGACCAAUUUUCCGAAAAAGAUCUUCAAUUCGGACGACUAUGAGGUCCCACUUGACAAAUUAGGCCUGGUACCGUCGGCUGUGUUGAUCGUCACAAAGACGCCCUGAGCUACGUAGUACGAUGUUUUUCGGGGUCAUACUGUACUAAAAUCGAAUGUAUAAUUUUUUUUUGCAAAAACGAAAAUAAAACGCUGGGUCAGCUUGGUUUUGAA